AUGAGUAGUGAAUUAGCUAAUUAUAAAAGGUUGGAGAAAGUUGGUGAAGGUACUUAUGGUGUUGUUUAUAAGGCUUUGGACCUUCGUCAUGGUCAAAGAGUUGUUGCUUUGAAGAAAAUUAGAUUGGAAAGUGAAGACGAAGGUGUUCCAAGUACAGCUAUUAGAGAAAUUUCACUUCUAAAGGAAUUGAAGGAUGAUAAUAUUGUUAGAUUAUAUGACAUUGUUCAUUCUGAUGCUCAUAAAUUGUAUUUAGUUUUUGAAUUUUUGGAUUUAGAUUUGAAAAGAUAUAUGGAAAGUGUACCUAAAGAUCAACCUUUGGGUGAUAAUAUCGUUAAGAAAUUUAUGAUGCAAUUAUGUAAAGGUAUUGCAUAUUGUCAUUCCCAUAGAAUUUUACAUCGUGAUUUGAAACCUCAGAACUUGUUGAUCAAUAGAGAUGGUAAUUUGAAAUUAGGUGAUUUUGGUUUAGCUCGUGCUUUUGGUGUGCCUUUAAGAGCAUAUACACACGAAAUUGUUACUUUAUGGUAUAGAUCUCCAGAAGUGUUACUAGGUGGUAAACAAUACAGUACUGGUGUUGAUAUCUGGUCAAUUGGUUGUAUAUUCGCGGAAAUGUGCAAUAGAAAACCUAUCUUCAGUGGUGAUAGUGAAAUUGAUCAAAUUUUUAAAAUAUUUAGAAUAUUGGGUACUCCAACUGAAGCUGUUUGGCCUGAUAUUGUUUAUUUACCAGAUUUUAAGCCAAGUUUCCCGAAAUGGCAUAGAAAAGAUCUAGCUCAAGUAGUUCCCUCAUUGGAUUCCAAUGGUAUCGAUUUGUUAGAUAAGUUAUUAUCAUAUGAUCCAAUCAACAGAAUAAGUGCAAGAAGAGCUACCGUUCAUCCUUAUUUCCAAGAACCUUAG